AUGUGGCUCUUUCUGGCUGCCCUGGUAGCCCUUUGGUUCCUUUGCCAAUGGUACCGGGAAAGACAAAAGGUGGAGAACCUGAUGGAGAAAUAUGUCUUCAUCACAGGCUGUGAUUCUGGCUUUGGGAACCAGCUGGCCAGGCAGCUGGAUGCUCGGGGUCUGCGGGUGUUGGCCUCUUGUCUCACUCCAGAAGGGGCAGAACAGCUAGAAAAGGUCACAUCGGACCGGUUAAAGACCACUCUGCUGGAUGUCACCAACACAGAGAAUGUUGCAGCAGCAACUGAGUGGGCGAAAACCUGCGUGGGGAACAAAGGGCUUUGGGGGUUAGUAAACAAUGCAGGCAUUAAUUGUCUCGUUGCUCCCAAUGAGUGGCUGAGGAAAGAGGACUUUGCCAAGGUGCUGGACAUCAACUUGCUUGGGCUGAUUGACGUGACGCUCCAGAUGCUGCCCCUGGUGAGGAAAGCCAGAGGGAGAGUGGUCAACAUGUCCAGUUCGGCAGGAAGACUGGCAGCCUAUGGAGGUGGAUAUGUCCCCUCCAAGUUUGCUGUGGAAGGCUUUUCAGACACUCUGAGGCGAGAGCUUUCUCCUUUCGGAGUCAGAACCAGUAUCAUUGAGCCUGGAGGCUUUGCCACAAAUGUGUUCAAUAACGUAGGAAAUAACAUAAAGGAUGUGUUCAACCACAUGCCUCCACACAUCAAAGAAUGCUAUGGACAAACAUACCUGGAUGCAUAUUACAGAUUUAUAUGCACCCUUGAGAAGAAAAGCCAGAAGAACCUCUACUUGGUCACCGAUUGCAUAGAACAUGCUUUGACGUCUCGCUAUCCUCGUACCCGUUACUCAGCUGGCUGGGAUGCAAAAUUCCUCUUUCUGUCUGCCUCUUAUUUGCCAACUGCAAUAACAGAUUACGUAUAUACCUUUGUUUUUCCAAAGCCAGCACAAGCAGUGUAG